AUGCGGGAGAGGGAUCGGGCAUUCUUGGACACUACACUCGGUGCCUUCGCUGUCCACGCCCCAGCCAGUCGGCAUGCCCAGACUUACUACCCUGGGGUCGGAGCUCAUCAUGGAGCUCGGAAAAAAAAACAUUGGGUUCGGCGACGAUGUCAGUGUCUCCAAUGUCGAUUUCGAUGCCCCACAUCCUCGGAAGACAUGGCGAAGAUAUUAAGUGUUCAGGCACACAGGACAGAGGGCACAGUUAAGGCGCAAGUCGAACCCAAAUUACGGAUCUUGGUCUUUGGGACCUUGGAGGAUCGAAUCCAGGCAGCCAAUUACUUGAAGAGUGUGGAGGAUUUGCCCUGCCCUCUUCUAGUGGAUGACAUCACUGAUGAAGCAAACUCUGCAUUUGCUGCACAACCAGAACGCCUUGCCAUUAUCUUGAAUGGCACCAUCCAGUACCUUGGAGGUCCUGGCACAUUCAACUACAAGGUCACAGAUAUUGAGGACUGGUUACAACAAUAUGCAAAGGACAAGGAGGUAAAGAAGUCUAAAUAAUCGAAAAAGGUGCAAGAAAAAUUCAUUCCUGAGGUCCUCUAUUUUUUUUGUAAGAUUGCAAAAGUGCAACCUUUUUGUCAGUUCUGGUGCUUUGUCUUUCAAAUCGAUGG